AUGCUUGUGCGGUUUCGUCCGUGGCUGGCUGAUGCUUACGCUGAUGCUGGACUAGUGACAAGACUGCCUUGUGGACGUUUUCAGCGGGUACCGACUUCCAUGGCCCACCGUCCUGCUGUCUAUAUCAACCAACGCCUUUUAUGGGGUCUCAUGAGCGAGAAGUUAGGCACCUUAACCCAACGUUUGGUUCAUCCCACAGCGCCAGUUCUGCUUACCAAAAAUGGCCCACUUGGAGCUCGCGUUCGUGUCAACAGUUCAAUAAAUAUUCUUUUUUUGCAUUCUCCGCCCAUUACGCAAGCUCCGCCCACUCGCCCACGCAUUUCGACAUUGCCAUUUGAUAGAGCUCGAAAAGAUCUAUCAGAUGAUAUCAAGAAAUCCGGGGUUACCCAAGUUUUACGUCCGAUCUGGCAAGUUAGGCAACGUCGAGCGUGGAUACUAAGCCCGAAGACAAAGCACACACCUGAAAACGUCCACAAGGCAGUCUUGUCACUAGUCCAGCAUCAGCGUAAGCAUCAGCCAGCCACGGACGAAACCGCACAAGCAUCAGUUAACAGGCCAACCGACCCAGUCACUGGAGCCAAUCCUUUUCCCGAAGUUACGGAUCUAAUUUGCCGACUUCCCUUACCUACAUUAUUCUAUCGACUAGAGGCUGUUCACCUUGGAGACCUGAUGCGGAUAUCGGGCCGUCCAGAGAACACGAGACAUCACAGAAACCGCGAUGCUUUACGGAAACAACGUCCCUAUCUACGGCUGAACCGAUUCCAGGGAGUCCGUUCCUUAACUAGAGAAGAGAACUCUAGCUCGGUCUCUGAGCGACGUAACCAACUGGGCUCACGCCCAAAGCCUUCGACGCAACCGCCACGUCCCUCCUACUCGUUGCGGCCAGGCGAUAGACAACGCACAAGCCAGCAACGGCUGGGUAUAGGUCUCUCGCUCAAGCGCCAUCCAUUUUCAGGGCUAGUUGAUUCGGCAGCGGGUACCGACUUCCAUGGCCACCGUCCUGCUGUCUAUAUCAACCAACGCCUUUUAUGGGGUCUCAUGAGCGAGAAGUUAGGCACCUUAACCCAACGUUUGGUUCAUCCCACAGCGCCAGUUCUGCUUACCAAAAAUGGCCCACUUGGAGCUCGC